CCAUUCCGAAUCGGGUCGUGCUGGAUUCACCGACUCCUAGUCCAAAAGAGUCGAUUCGCUUAGAUUCCGAUUCUGUUCAUUUCUCUUCGAUUCAACUCACCCACUGAGUGUUGAUUGAUAAAAAAAAUGAUAAUGAAUGAUACUUACCGCCAAAAAUAAUGUGUGUUACUAGUGGUUUUAAUGAAUGCGUCGUAUGUGUUUUAAUUUUAAUUCAAAAUGCCUUCAUUGGCGGAUUUUGAAAACUCAUUGAGGUCAUUAUCGACCAAUUUUGAAAAAAAUGAUAACUUUUACAAUAUCGUUAUUCCUGAAAAAAAUUUCCAGCAGUUUGAAAAUCUUAUACAACAACAUGGGUUUCAGUUUUCAACUCGGAACUCGGAAAUUUAUAAGCAAGAAAUCAGCAGAAUUUGUUGGAGUUCAAAGUUAAUUCCAUAUUUUGGUAAUCCUUUUCAAAUUUCAAAGAAUUCCGUACUACACUGUGCAAAUGGCCCAAAAUAUUAUAAAUCAAAUAAAGGAGAAAGUUCUACAAUGAAUGGCCAUCCUGUGGGAAAGUCAACCCGAUUUCGUUUACAACCAACUAAGAAACUGGGAUGUAACGCCACUAUGAAAAUUGUCACUAUAAAAACAUAUUCGGAGUCUGAAUAUACUAUAAAAGAAACACGAAGUUUGAAACACGAAAAGCUUGAGAUUAUGAAACGUUUGAAACAGCAGCUGAGUAACGCCGCAGCUGAAUCGCAAGUAAUUACUGAAACAUUCCACCAUAUUUCGUUUAGUACUGCCAAAGAACAUUCCCACUCAGUAUGGACGAACUUCAUGAAUCAAGAAUUAAAUUCUGGUCUGAAAGCUGAGAUUCAAAAGUUGGUGCAAAACGGAAUUCGAAGUAUACAUACUAUUAAAGUUAUGCUAAAAGCCUGGGUUAAAAAUAACAUCGGAACUGAGGUAUCUAAUCAUGCUCGAGCGUUUUUUCCAUCAAAAAAAAUUAUCCGUAAUCAUGUACUGAAAUACUAUUACGCGAGCAAACAGAGUAAAAUAGAUCAAGUUGCAUUAGGUCUCAAAGUCGAAGCUUGGAAAAAUGAGUAUCCCGAGAAUAAAUAUUUCUUUAGAGCUCACAAAGAAGAAGAAGGAACACCGCAGUCGUUUCUGUUUUGUUAUCAGACGAAGUGGCAACGAGAUUUAAUGAAAAGAUAUGGCGAAAUUGUGCUGAUCGAUUCAACUUAUAAAACUACGAAGUAUUCUCUUCCGUUGUUCAGUAUUGUUGUGAAAACAAAUGUCAGCUAUAUCAUCGUGGGUGUAUUCGUAGUUCAGUGGGAAACAUCUGAUUCAAUCCAGGAAGCAUUAGAAAUCUUCAAGCAGUGGAAUGCUGAGUGGAAACCCAAGUACUUCAUUACCGAUUAUAGUGAUGCCGAAAUUAAUGCAAUUACGGCAUGUUUUCAUCUUCCGGUGUACAUCUGCGAUUUUCACAGGCAACAAGCCUGGGUACGUUGGUUCUCAAAAAAAGAUAAUAUCUCAAACAUCGACGAGAAGAAUAUUUUGCUGAGUUUUUUUCGAAAACUAGCGGAUGCUAGAAGCAACGAUGAAUUUUGUUAUAUUGAAUCGACUAUGCGUUCUUCCGAAGCCUGGCAAAAUAAUCCUAAAGUCCAAAGAUACUUCAAUUCAACUUGGCUACCUGUUAAGGAGAAAUGGACAAAAGCAUUUUUUGAUGACGAAUAUUUAUUCAUAAUAAACACGAACAACGGGAUCGAAACACAGCACAAAGUGCUAAAACAUUUCUAUUUGAAUUCGCAUAUUGAUAAAUCUCUAUGUGGCGUUCUAGAUGUCAUUAUGAACGAAUUUCUCGAUGAUGCUUUUAAAACUUACGUGGAAAAUAACGAUUGCCUCGACUCGAAAUAUAAGCAGUACAAUACUGUGAUUCCAGAAUUUCUCUAUGAUAGACCAUCCUUUUUUAUUCGUCAUGUUUAUCAAAGAUAUGUAACUGCACGAAGUGUUUAUUCUAGACAUUCUAUUCUUACUUUAAAUAAUGAUGUAAAAACUGUGUUCCUUGUUAAAAGCGAAGCGAAAAAUGUGCAUUAUUAUGUAGAUUUUACUAAACCUAAGUGUACUUGUGAUGAUUUCUUUAGGUAUCGAUUUCCAUGCAAACAUUUAUGUGCUGUUAUGUUGUAUGUUACCGAUUACUCCUUCAAUGAUCUGCCUUCUAAUUAUCGAAACAGUCCGUUCCUAUCUAUUGAUCCUGAAUACUCUAUCUUUAGGACAGAUUUUUAGAAUGAACCCUGGGAAACUGAUGGUGGAACAACUGCUGUUGUUUCCGGAUCAGUUUCAGUGGUUUCUAAUUCUGUUCUCGAAUCCAGUAAUCCUGAUGAUGAAACAACAACAACUGUAGUUGCUCCACCAUCAGGAUCGUUGGGCUCAAUUGAAGAGUCUGUACCUCUUUCCGAAAUUCGAGAAUUAAUCAAAAAUGUUUAUGACCGCUCUUUUCUUUUACGUCCUAAUGCUGGAAAUGUAACUUUUAAACGAAAAUUAUCAGAUGUACUUAAUUUUAUGGAUAACUACAUUCAGUAUGACGAGAACAUUCCUUUAUUACCUAAUGUAAACCGUAAUGAUAAUUUUUUGGACUUGCCAAGACCCAAAAAACGAGCUAAAGCAGCUAAGGAAUCAACUUUCUAACCCCUUCUUGGUUAUUAUUUCUUAAUGAUUAACUAUUUGUAUUUUUCUUUAAAUUUUUUAUGUUUGCUUGAUUUUUAUACUUAAUCGUGUUCCUGUUACUUGUUGCUUUAAUUAUUGUAACUUGUGUGCUAUUGCUAGUUUUUACUGUUGGGAACUUUUUGUGUUUUUCAUUGAUUUUUUAAAAAUAAAAUUGCUCUAACUGAA